CUGCGGAAGCUCCUCUUUCUCAACACGACGACUAUCGGAGCUUUUCAGGGUCCUCACGCGGGGCAACCUUUUUAACCCCUACCUACACACUUUUUUGUCAUCCCUCUCCUGUCGUUUCAUUCUCCUUUCUAUUUACCCUUUUGUGAAUCGUGAAAAUGUCUUCUAUUCCAUUCAGACAACCAUACAGGCAGCCUUCGCGGCAGCUCUCCACUGAUCCCCGCAAUGAGCUCCAUCCUCACGUCGACCACUACAUCGGCAUCGAUGUUGGUACAGGCAGUGCCAGAGCCUGUAUCAUGAACGACCAAGGAGACAUUGUUGGAUUGGCUUCGGAGAACAUUGGCCUUUGGCAGCCCCAAACCGGUUACUAUGAACAAUCCACAAGCGAUAUCUGGCGAUGCAUCUGCUCCUCCGUCCGCCGAGCACUAGACCAACACAAUAUUGAUAGGUCCACGAUCCGUGGCAUCGGCUUUGACGCGACCUGUUCCCUGGCUGUGUUUUCCCAAGAUACAGAUGAGCCCGUCUGCGUCACCGGCCCCAACUUCGACAACAAGGACGGCAACGACCGUAAUGUCAUUCUCUGGCUUGACCACCGUCCUGUUGACGAGACCAAUAAGAUCAACGCUACCAACCACAACCUUCUCCGAUACGUUGGAGGCAAGAUGUCAAUCGAGAUGGAAAUCCCCAAAGUCCUAUGGCUGAAGAACAACAUGCCCAAGGAGGUUUUCGAUAAAUGCAAGUUCUAUGACUUGACUGACGCUCUGACACACAUUGCUACUGGCAGCGAAACACGCAGCUUCUGCAGUGUUGUGUGCAAGCAGGGUUUUGUCCCUGUCGGCGUUGAUGGCAGUGUGAAGGGUUGGCAAGAAGAUUUCUUGACUGAGAUUGGUCUCGAGGACCUCUGCGAGGAUAACUUCAAGCGCAUGGGUGGAGUUGACAAAGUGAACGGAAACUACAUUACGGCCGGUGAACUCGUCGGCACAUUGAGCGAGCGUGCUGCCGCAGACAUGGGACUCCAGCCCGGAAUCGCUGUUGGUAGCGGUGUCAUCGAUGCGUAUGCUGGAUGGAUUGGUACCGUUGGCGCAAAGGUCAAGCUUGAUGAGGAUACUUUGGAUAUGGACGCACCCAAGAACGAUGUUUCUCAAGCCUUCACCCGCCUCGCAGCUGUCGCUGGUACCUCGACUUGCCAUCUUGCAAUGUCUCGCGAGCCUGUGUUCGUGAAUGGAGUGUGGGGACCGUACAGGGACGUUCUCCUCCCCGACUACUGGAUGGCCGAGGGAGGACAAAGCGCAACAGGAGAGCUCCUCAAGCACGUUAUCGAAACGCACCCGGCAUUCCAUGAGGCCUCAUCCGUCGCCGAAACCUUCAACACCAACAUCUACGACUACCUCAACGAACAUCUUCGCGAGAUGGCAGACAGGGAGGGCGCCCCUCACAUCUCCUGGCUCGGACGCCACUUUUUCUUCUACGGCGACCUCUUCGGCAACCGCUCUCCGAUCGCAGACCCCAACAUGAAGGGCUCACUCAUUGGCUUAAGCUCCGACAAGAGUCUUGACGGACUGGCCCUUCACUACUACGGCACCAUGGAGUUCAUCGCCCUCCAGACCCACCAGAUCGUCUCCGCGAUGAACAACUCGGGCCACGUAAUCUCCUCCAUCUUCAUGUCCGGCUCCCAGUGCCAAAACGACAUCCUCAUGCAGCUCGUCGCCGCCGCAUGCAACAUGCCUGUCCUCAUCCCCCGCUAUGUGCACGCCGCCGUCGUCCACGGAGCCGCCAUGUUGGGUGCCAAGGCCGCGUCCACCGACAAGGACGGCAAGAGCGAGCCCCUAUGGGACAUCAUGGACCGGUACAGCAAGGCUGGUAAGAUGAUCAGGCCGUCCAAGGACAAGAACUUGAAGAAGUUGCUCGAGACGAAGUAUAAGGUCUUCCUCGAGCAGUGCGAGAGCCAGCAGAGGUACAGGAAGGAUAUCGAUGCUGCUGUCGAGGGCUGGUCGAAGGCUUAAUAGAAUAGAAUAGGUUUUCUAGCUUUGGGAAAUUUACGAUUCAUAUGAUUCAAUCAACGAAUGAAAGAGUGAUUGGAUGGCGUUUGG